UUCCAUCCUGAGUUUUGCAAAUUAUACCUUUAUUCCUAUUAGCUUCAGAUGCCAUGUAAUCUAUCUAUCCUGGUUAAUAUCCAAGUGCGUUGCUGAUUAAAGCCAGAUCGUUCUUUGACCUUGAAUUAAAUUGGUUCAACUUGCACCCACCCGCCUCGUGUCUCUGAGCCCGUCUUGGGCUUUAGCUGCUGCGUGUUGGAAGCGGGAUAGCGGCAUGAACACAAGGGGAGGUGUCCCCUCGCUUCACCUCGCGUGUCUUUUAAUAAAAAGAAACAGUUCUGACUUCCAUCUGGCGGUGCACUCGUGGCCGCAAUAGCGCGAAAAUGCAUUCAUCGUGAGCUUUCAAAGACCGCUCUUCUAGUGUGAUGUGUGUUGUAAAGCCAGUCGAGUUGUGCAGCCGAGGUGCAUUUUUAGGCUUGGGCAACUUUGUAUCUUGAUCAGUUUAGUCUUCUGUGGUGAAUUCUGCCUUUCGUAGGGUUGCUUGUAUCGGACCUGUUUUACCCUCUCCACGCUCCUUAACACCACAAAAAGGCUACAGGCGGUACACUCAUGAUACCUGCACUGGUUUCACAUCCCUCCUAUCAUCCAUUUUGUACCACCAACGUCUGUAAUUAUAUCCGUAUUUAUAAGACACUUCAGCCAAAGGAUUGCUAAAGUGAGUGAACAUGGAAACCAGUCAUUGGUCGAACAGUAGGAUUUUUUAAGUAAUCACAUCGGAUAAUGCAGCUUGUUCACUGAUCAACUGUUUCUGGAAGAAUUGCACUUCUGGAAUCCAUAUUUGGUUGGAUUAUUGCAGCUUUUUGGCGCCAAGACUUUGCAGUAAGGAUUUUUAACCAUGGGUGACAUGAAUAAUGCAGUGAAGUACCUGCCAAGCAGAACAACAGAUGAUCACCAUGAAGGGCAUUUUGACUGUACUGUUGCAGAGCUCCGUAACCUUAUGGAGCUGCGUUCUACAGACGCUGUACAGAAAAUAGAAGAGUGUUAUGGGAAUGUCGAAGGACUUUGUGCAAGGUUGAAAACCUCACCUAUAGAAGGGUUAUCUGGCGAUCCUGUAGAUCUCAGCAGGCGGCAUCAAGCUUUUGGGGAAAAUUCUAUACCGCCUAAAAAAGCAAAAACUUUUCUUCAGCUAGUAUGGGAAGCUCUACAAGAUGUCACGUUAAUUAUUUUAGAAAUUGCAGCCAUAAUAUCACUAGGCCUUUCUUUCUAUAAACCCCCUGGAGGGAAAAAUGCAGCUUGUGGUAAAAUUACAGAAAGCCAUGAAGAUGAAAGUGAAGCAGAGACCGGUUGGAUUGAAGGAGUUGCUAUUCUUGUUUCUGUUAUUUGUGUGGUAUUGGUCACAGCGUUCAAUGACUGGAGUAAGGAAAAACAAUUUAGAGGUCUACAAAACCGAAUAGAACAGGAGCAGAAAUUCACAGUGAUAAGAGGUGGCCAAGUUAUCCAGAUACCUGUGGCAGAGUUGGUGGUUGGUGACAUUGCUCAAGUUAAAUAUGGUGAUCUCCUACCUGCUGAUGGUGUACUUAUUCAUGGAAAUGAUCUGAAGAUUGAUGAAAGCUCACUUACUGGAGAGUCUGACCAUGUGAAGAAAAACCUAGCCAGAGAUCCACUGCUAUUAUCUGGUACCCAUGUAAUGGAAGGUUCCGGGCGAAUGGUAGUCACGGCUGUUGGUGUAAAUUCUCAAACUGGAAUCAUCUUCACCUUGCUUGGGUCUGGAGAGGAGGAAGAGAAGAAAAGUAAAAAGCAAGAUGGAACUGUGGAAAAUAGAAACAAAGCUAAAGCUCAAGAUGGUGCAGCUAUGGAAAUGCAGCCUUUGAAAAGUGAUGAAACGGGUGAUGAAGGAAAUGAAAGAAAUAAAAAGAGCCUCCCCAAAAAAGAGAAGUCAGUCCUUCAGGGAAAGCUAACAAAACUGGCCGUUCAAAUAGGCAAAGCUGGAUUGGUGAUGUCUGCUAUUACAGUUAUAGUUCUUGUUCUGUUUUUUGUGAUUGAUACAUUUUGGAUUCAGCACCUCCCAUGGUUGACUGAGUGUACACCAAUUUACAUCCAGUAUUUAGUUAAAUUUUUCAUCAUUGGUGUUACUGUCUUGGUUGUGGCAGUGCCAGAAGGUCUUCCCCUUGCAGUUACAAUCUCUCUGGCUUAUUCUGUAAAGAAAAUGAUGAAAGAUAAUAACCUGGUAAGACAUCUGGAUGCCUGUGAAACCAUGGGGAAUGCAACAGCUAUAUGUUCAGACAAAACUGGUACCCUUACAAUGAAUAGAAUGACUGUGGUUCAAGUGUAUUUUUCUGGCAAACACUACAAGAAAAUUCCAGAUCCAGAUUCCAUUCCUGAGAAUAUUAUGGACAAACUUAUUGCAGGAAUAGCUGUGAACUCUGCUUAUACUACAAAGAUACUGCCACCCGAGAAAGAAGGUGGCUUGCCACGUCAUUGUGGCAAUAAGACGGAAUGUGCCUUGUUGCAAUUUGUAUUGCAAUUGAAGAAGGACUACCAGACAAUACGAAAUGAAAUUCCAGAAGAGAAAAUGUUCAAAGUCUAUACCUUCAAUUCUGCACGAAAAUCUAUGAGUACAGUCCUGAAGAAGCCUGAUGGUGGUUUUCAAAUGUUCAGCAAGGGUGCCUCCGAGAUUGUGCUUAAAAAGUGUUCUAAAAUUCUUGAUGCAAAGGGUGAGGUCAAAGAUCUGAAGCCCCGAGAACGUGACAGUUUAAUUAAGGAAGUGAUAGAGCCAAUGGCCUCUGAAGGACUACGUACCAUCUGCUUAGCAUGGAGAGAAUUUGAUAAUGCUCCAAUAGAUUGGGACAACGAAAAUGACAUACUUACUGACCUUACCUGUAUUGCUGUAGUUGGUAUUGAAGAUCCUGUAAGACCAGAGGUUCCAGAUGCCAUUAAGAAGUGCCAGGGUGCUGGAAUCACUGUGCGCAUGGUUACUGGUGACAACAUUAACACAGCUCGUGCAAUUGCCACAAAAUGUGGCAUUUUACAGGCUGGUGAUGACUUUCUAUGUUUGGAGGGUAAACAGUUCAACAAACGCAUUCGCAAUGCUAAAGGAGAGAUUGAACAAGAACGUAUAGACAGGAUCUGGCCCAGACUGCGUGUCCUUGCAAGAUCUUCACCCACUGAUAAACAUACAUUAGUCAAAGGCAUCAUUGACAGUAAUGCGUUAGAACAAAGACAGGUGGUAGCAGUCACUGGUGAUGGUACAAAUGAUGGCCCAGCGUUGAAAAAAGCUGAUGUUGGAUUUGCCAUGGGUAUUGCUGGAACGGAUGUGGCCAAAGAAGCCUCGGAUAUUAUUCUAACUGAUGAUAACUUCACAAGCAUUGUCAAAGCAGUAAUGUGGGGCAGGAAUGUGUACGACAGUAUUUCAAAGUUUCUCCAGUUCCAGCUUACUGUCAAUGUUGUGGCAGUGAUUGUGGCGUUCACUGGUGCUUGUAUUACACAGGAUUCUCCUUUGAAGGCUGUGCAAAUGCUUUGGGUAAAUCUAAUCAUGGAUACGUUUGCAUCACUUGCUUUGGCCACUGAACCUCCCACAGAAGCAUUGUUACUACGGAAGCCUUACGGCAGAAACAAACCACUCAUCUCUCGUACUAUGAUGAAAAAUAUAUUUGGUCAUGCCAUCUACCAACUUGUUAUAGUAUUUACACUCUUGUUUGUUGGGGAAAAAAUUUUUGAUAUUGACAGUGGAAGAAAUGCUCCUCUUCAGGCCCCACCUUCAGAACACUACACAAUUGUAUUUAAUACUUUUGUCUUGAUGCAAUUGUUUAAUGAAGUGAAUGCUCGCAAAAUUCAUGGUGAAAGGAAUGUUUUUGAUGGAAUUUUCAGAAAUCCAAUAUUUUGUACCAUUGUACUGGGAACAUUUGUGGUACAGAUACUUAUUAUUCAAUUUGGUGGGAAGCCAUUUAGUUGCACUGAACUAACAAUUGAUCAGUGGUUAUGGUGUAUUUUUCUAGGAAUGGGAACUCUUCUCUGGGGCCAGAUGAUUGCUACAAUUCCAACAAGCCGUUUAAAGUUUCUGAAAGAAGCUGGCCUUGGCACACAAAAGGAAGAAAUUCCAGAGGAAGAACUCGAAGAAGAUAUUGAAGAAAUUGACCAUGCAGAGAGAGAACUGCGUCAUGGUCAAAUAUUGUGGUUUAGAGGUCUGAACAGAAUACAGACUCAGAUGGAUGUAGUGAAUGCUUUCCAGACUGGAACUUCCUUUCAGGGAGCUCUAAGGCGGCAGCCUUCCAUCGCCAGCCAACACCAUGAUCUCAGAGUGGUGAAUGCAUUCCGUAGUUCCUUGUAUGAAGGAUUAGAGAAACCAGAAUCGCGCAGCUCAAUCCACAACUUUAUGACCCAUCCAGAAUUUCGAAUAGAAGAUUCUGACACUCACAUCCCUCUUAUUGACGAUAGUGAUAAUGAAGACGUAACUCGGAAAAAACCUGAUUCCUCUCCUAGAUUAUCUCUCAAUGAAAAUAACAAUGCUGUUGACAGUGGGAUCCAUCUUAUAACCGACACAAGCAAGUCUGCUACCUCUUCAAGCCCAGGGAGUCCACUACAUAGUCUGGAAACGUCUCUCUAGUGCAAGAUGAAUGUUAGUGCUCAAGAUUUAUGGAGUUACAAGAAAAAAAAUUGGGUCCUUUUACACUGUGUGAUUGACAAGAUAUUCUUGUCUUGGACUUCAACAGAAGACACACCAAGAAUGUAGAUACUUUUAAGCUUUCUGCCAGCUAAGGGUGCUUUUGGAAUUCAAGUGACGCACAAACCUGGUAUAAAAAUGACUUGCUUUAAGGAUUUGUUCUGUUACAGAGGAUAAAAAAAAUCAGCUAAGAAUUGUCCUGAGCAGUGUGUUAGCUGAACAUUUAGUUUUUCUUGAUUUCUGGAUGGUGUUUUUUUUUGCCCCUGGCUCAUUAAAUCUUUAAUUUCUGCUACUUGGCUGUUAAUAUUUUGAAUUAUUUAUGUUCUAAAAUGAUGCAGUUCUGUUUACAAGGUUUGUAGAUACUUUUGUUUCUGUUUGUAGGUAGAAGGCUUCCUGAUACGAUGCAGAGAAAGUAAUCCUUAAUACUACUGUAUUUUCAGGAAAAGGGUGUUUCUAUUGAAACUGUACUAAAUAUGCCUGUGAUUACUUUGUUAAAUACUGUAGAUAAAAAAGCUAAUACUUGUAGCCAAAUAGAUAACACUACUAAAACAAUGCUGAAAUAUUGUAACAGGCCCCUUUUGCAGUGUAGCCCCAAAUAUUUACCCCAAAAGAUUUUUCAAUGAUUGUUUCAGAAUCUAUUUUCUCAGUUUUUGAGAAAUGAACUGCAUAAAGAAUUUUUCCUCACAAAUAAGGGUGAAAUGUUAAUUGGAAGAAUACAUCCAUGUAUAAUGAGAUGCUUUAGAGUAUUUGUCAGCUCAUCAAAUGGAUUAAAUCAAAUGCAUCAUUAUCUUUGUCUGUGUUUGUCCUUGGAUAUUAGUUUAGACUUGGUUGUGAGCAGGAUUUUAUUUCCCUUUUUUAAAAAAUUGUUUCUGAGACAUUUUCGUUCAGCACAAGGGCUGCUUAAAUAUUUAUGUGUACUAUAGUAUCUUGAACUUUUAUGAAUUUAAUAAGAUCCCUCACUUAAAUAUAAUCAAAAGUCUGGAGAAUCCAAUGUAUCAUGCAAUGUACCAGAUAAUUGAUUUAUUGCAAUGUAAAUAACUCCCCUUGCAUCAUGGUUUUAAUUGAAUGGGAUCACAUGGUUGCAAUCUUAAAUGGCGGAGUUGUGGUAAAUACAACGUUUUUCAGAUGUGGGCGGGAUAAUUUUUCAAAUGAUGUGGGUCGGAUAAUUUUCAAGAAUCUGUAACUCACUGCAGCAUAUGAGGUGGGAAAUUCAAAACUACUUCAGUGCUGCAGGAGGCGUUUGUUUUGCACCAGCUUGGAGUUAGUGUAAUUAAUUCCUUCAACUCUCCACCCACUCAAUAAUAAAAAAUUAAUGAGUUCUAAUGUUAAAAUUUUGUACAAUUUUAAUCUGUAAAACAUUGAAGAAAGGGGGAGGAAGUUGUGGGAAAACAAAAAUAUGUACAGCAAAGUUUUCUGUUAAGUUGUGAAUUUCACAUUUCCUGUGUCCAAACUACUUUUGCAGUUUAAAAAAAUGGAGCAUCAAGAGGAAAAGGUCUGGUGAACUUGGCUUUUAGUGUCCUAUUUUUGACCAUUUACAGUAAUUUCUAUUACUAAUGCCAACUGAGUGUCAAUUUUGGAACCAAAUUAUUAAAUGUUUAAAGAAAUACUAAGUAAUAUA